CAGACCACAUCAACAGUUCAGAACCGAAACCAGCAGUCGAAGAAAACGCAAUCGAAACGAAGAAAACGAACAAAAGGCCGCAGGAGACGAGGAAGAAAAAGAACAACUCAAUUGUAAGGCGAAGAAGGCGACGAAAGAAGGAAAGGAGGCGAUGGAGAAGAAGGAAUCGAAAAUCGGAAAAGAAGCGAGAGAGAAUACAGAAACAAACACUGACAGCGUAACAGUUAUAUUGCCCACUAUAUAAGACUUGAAUAUUCUCCAAACGAUGUGAUUAAGUGACUAUAGGUGGCGCUGCACCAUAUCUGCACAAUACGUGAAUUCAAUUUCGCGAUUGAUAGAGGGCGUAUUGUUAAUGAUGAACAGACUUAGAGUUUGUCACCAAAAUGCAUCGUUCCCCGAAAACACUGCCCCCUAGAGUCGUAAUAUUAAGCGACAAAUACUCUCCAAACGUGAAUAUAUAUACGUUGUUUUUUUUAGUUUGUUUUUGCUAAUUUCAAAAUUACAUGAACUCUGUCAUUUUCUGACGUAUUUCCCAUUAUGAAGGCUGAUGAGACAUGGAUGUUUAGGCUUAAUUUAAAGGGUUGGACUUAUAUAUUUCCCUCUGCUAACACAGCUGAGGGUCAGUUGUGAUUAUUGACCUUAAUGGCGAUCGUACUUUACUGGUUAACGUUAAAAUUGCAAAAGCAAAAAAAAAAAAAAAAAAAAAAAACAUCCAGUUAUUGAUUCAAUAACACUCGCCUCGGUCUCAUAAAUCAAAAAAUCGUUUUCACGUUGAUGAUGUUAACAUUGACAGCAUUUUACUUGUAAUAAAGAAGUGAUACUUGCUGAAAAA